CUCCAUGCCGCACGCAGCUGCACCUCCCACUGGUCGGAGGGGGAGGGCACCAAGGCACGUCGCCCGUCUCGCGACAAGCGCGUCGGGCAGCGCGCCGGCUUUCCUCGUUGGCCAGACGGACCGACGGCGCUGCGUUGCGCGACUUGCUGGCUAACUACUGCCCGCUCGCCUGCCUCCGCCCCGUGAGUCACCGCCAGCCAGUCGAUUUCGUGAUGGAGGCGGACGGUGAGGGAGUGGGACGGGGACCGCGCCCCCGGUCUUGUUCGUUCGUUCGUUCUUCUUGAGGCAAUUGAGUGUUGGAGGGGGGUGGGGACCUGAGCAGCGAGGCGACAGGGGAACACGCUGGUUGAUUGAUGGCUGAGAAGAAAAGACUGAGUGAUGAGAGAGGGGGAGGAGGAGGAGGGAGGGGAGGGAUGGAGAAAAGAGAGAGGCGGCGGGGAAGGUGGGCGGGAUAUAUUCGAAUGCGGCCGCUCGUGUUGCGGCCUGGGGCCCCGACCUUGAUUCCACUCUAUUCCUUCUCAUCGGGCAUUAAGGUUGGCAAUGAGUCUAAGUGAGUUUGUUUGGCUGGACUUGUUGACUUGCAGAUGAGGACGACUGCAGACAGACAACGACAACGACAACGACAACCGCCAGAACUCUCAAGUCUCAACGAUAACAACAGCAGCCUCGGAUACAAGCCUCGCUCACAGCUACGAUACUUUUUCAUACGCACUUUGCGGGAGUGGAUACGCCAUUAGGUGCUGUUUUAUCUUCUCGCAUUGAAUUUAAACAACGCCAGAACCGCAACACCAAGCAUCGCAUCAUCACCACCACCACCACCACCACUCACGCAACAUCAUCAUCACCCGCCUCAACCUCAACCUCAACCCCGCUCACUCACACCCUGCCCCGACCUGACCUCUUCUUGGCCCCGCUCGCUCGCAAACCCAGCAUGAGACCGCCAUGGCCUCGACAGAGCAGCUCUUCCUCGCCCUCCUGAGGAGCGAGGCCAUCCAGUCGGCGAUCGCCCGCGCCCUCUCCACGCCGGACCUCUGCGCCCUGCGCGCCUCCUCGUCGGCCUGCUGCAACCUCGUCACCCGGCGUCUCUUCGCCCGGCUCCACGUCACCUUUUCGGCCUCGUCCUUCACCCGGCCGUGCCGCCUCGAGGCCCUCUCCCGCGUCGGCCGCCACGUCGAGCACCUCACCUUCUACAUGCCGCACUCGGACGCCACCUUCCUGCCGCCCCUGGUGCACCCGGCCACGGGCCGCGAGAUGUGCUUCCUCUACUCGCCGCACACGAGCAUGGGCUCGGCCCUCGCCCGCCCCAAGUACGCCAACACGGAGCUGGCCGAGAUCCUCACCCAGCAGUACCCGCCGCUCUUCCACGCCGCCACAAACGUCCCCAGCUUCAUCAACGCCCUCGCCAUGCUGCCCAACCUGCGCCACCUCACCAUCCGCUGCCCCGGCCAAGACCCCGCCGAGCGCUACCGCCGCGACGUCGUCGACUACGCCCUCAUCAGCCUGCGCAUCGCCGUCGAGCGCUGCCCCCUCCACAAGCUCGCCAAGCUCUCCCUCUCCUCCGUCCACCCCGCCGCCUUCAACUACCUGCGUCACGUCUCCGGCAUAGGCUGCGUCCCCUCGGCCGCCCGCCGCUGGCGCCAGAUCAGGAAGCUGCACCUGUCGGUCGAGGCGUGGGACUUUUACGGCCCCUCCCCGGGCCUGGACCACCUCAAGAUCAUCGACGACUACGUCCGCUUCUUCGCCCCCUGGCUGGAAAAGUUUGCCUUCUCCUGGGUCGGCGCCGCCGGGCCCUGCCCCAUCGCUCUGUCCGGCGACCCCCUCUUCGCGCCACCGCGCGCCUCCAAGAAGCUCUUCCACGAGGUCACGUCGCCCAUGUCGCCGCUGCCCACGCGGCCCUCGCGCGCCCCCAUCCACUUCCCCGUCCUCCGCUAUCUGCAGGUUCGCAACGCUCGCGUCAACGCUCCGCAGCUCAGCGGCCUCAUCAACGCCCACACCGCCACAGUCCGCGAGUUUGACUUUGAGAACGUGGUCCUCGACCGCAAGGACAGCUGGGACGACGCCCUCGCCCCCGUCAUGGGCGACGACUCGUGGGCCAGGACCAGCAGCUCUCAACCGCCCCGGCCCCCGCCGCUGGGUGGCGGCGGUCUCUCUGCCGAGACCAGCGUCAUAUCCGACGAUGGCGAUGACGAGCUCCUCCCCAGCCCGAGCGCGGCGGUGGCGGCCGCGAGCAGGGAGCUGUUGGAUAUCGAGCUCGGUUGCUUCGUUGGGUUCCCGGGACAGGAGGAGGAGCGGGUGGCCGCGGAGCCUCUAGUCCUCUCCGAGCAGCUGUCAGUGGCGCAAGACGACGACACAAUGAGCUUCACCACCACCAUCAAGAAGAAGCGGUCCCGACGCCGUCGGAGAAAGCACCAUCACUCGCACAAGGAGGCCGAUGGACCAGCAGCCCCUGAGCGGCGGCCUUCCACAUCCUCAUCCGCAUCCUCAUCCUCACCGUCAUCCUCGCCGUCAUCAACGCCGUCCCGCCGCCGGAGGCCCUCCCUCCCCAAGCUCAAGUCCUCAUUGGAGUCGAUCCAGCAAAGCCUCCGCCGCCCCUUCACCCCGUCCCCUCCGCCGUCCCCCAAGGAAUCGACCAUCUCGGCGCCCAUCCUCGCCGCCGACCCGCGGCCCGUGCUCCUCCAGCCGCGCGUCUACGACCCCAGCUCGCCCGCCGCCGCCGCCGCUCUCGUCGAUGACGGCAUCUCGAGCGUGCAGCGCGACAUGGAGAAGGAGGAGGCGCACCGGCUGCUCGCCGAGGACGCCUCCGCGCGGGCCAGCGCCCUCCAGCGCGCCAAGGAGGCCGUCCUGGCCAAGCUCAGCCGCGAGUUCUGCGCGUCCGCCUCCAAGCAGCAAAGGAGCCACCACCACCGGCGGGCCGGCGGCGGCGGGGGGCCGGCAGACGCCGUCGCGGCUUGCCGGCUCCUCGCGGGCAGGGAGCUCGGCUGGUGCGGCAGCGAGGUGCUCGAGGACCGGAGCGCGUGCGAGAGCCGGAGCGCGCUGGUGCCGCUCAUGUUUAGCAGGACUUGACUGACGAGUGUGAGGUGGCCCCAUGUCUGUCAGUCUGGCAGGACGGACUUGUCUCGACGAGCAAUGUGUGUGUGUCUAUGGGGGGGUCGGCGAUGCGACGUUUGGUCACUUUACUACGCUUGUAAUGAUUUAUGUAUGACACGAUGGCGACGACGACGACGACGACGACGAUGCACAUCACGUCCCUGUUUUCUUGUUCCUUGUCUCUUCGGCUUGCUUCCCUUCAUGUAUCUCAUUCCUAUGUACCUCUCGUCACCCGCUUCCAUAGCCGCAAAAACCAACGCAG